GAAAAUCAAAAGCAUGAAUAUUUAAAGCCCGGAGAUGAGGCAGACACAGAGCGCAUCCAAGCCCAUCCCAGCCCUGCUCCGAGCACUGUCCAGGAGGGAACAAGGUCCUUCUGUGGCAGCCAGCGCCACACAAGCCACGUGCGGGCGGCGAGCGGCUGCUGUUGGCUCGGGAGGGAGCAGCGAUGCUGAGACGACACCGGCGCUCGCAGCUUCCUGGAACACGGGCACAUGCAGUCCUUUGAGAGCACAGAUCUCGCCUGGAGGGCCGGCGGGAGGAAGAGGAGGACGGCCAGGAGCAGGAUACAGAGCCCCACAUCCUGCUCUUCCGACGGCCGCUGCCCAAGAAGCCGGAAAAGUGAGUGGCCCCUGCUCCGCCGAAGCUCUCAGUCGUUCCACGCUGAGAAAACACCUUCCUCCUCUCCUCGGCAUUUCUCGGGGGCUUCACCCCCUGACCCUCGGCGCUGCCUGGGCGGCGUUUUGUCGGCUCGGCCCCGGUUCUCGCGGGCCCUUCCCGUGGCGAUGCCUCCGAAGCUUCAAUAAAGUGAUGUUUGGGAGCUGUCUGGCUGCAGUGGCUGCGGUGGAGGGUGGGUCCCGGUACCGCGGGGGUUCCCGAGGAGGCUCCCCGGGGUCUCGGAACCGGUGCCCCGGCCCGCCGGGCACGGCCAUGGAGGCGGAGCUGCACCAACACCCCCUCCACUCCGCUCCGCGAUGGUUCCGUCCCCGCGGGUCCCGCCUCUCGGCCAAUGGGAGCUGGCGGAGCGGUGUGACUGGCGUGCGGGCCGGCCUGUGAGCGCGCGGGGCGGCGCCGCGGUACGCGGAGGUGCC